GGUCCACCCUAUUUACAUAUUCACCUCGUUCCUAUACCCCCUGUGAAAACCCCAAUACUACGUCCCGCGAGAUCUUCCUCAUCUUCUUUUCUUCUCCGCCGGCAACUCUUCACCACCAUAAUACUCCCGGCAUCGGUAAACUGAUCCCCACCCAAUCUCUUUCCUGCUCUAACAUGACAUCCUCAUAUCACAUCCUUCUUUCCCUGGCAACCCUCCGCCUCUGACGAUUCAUGGUAUGUAGAGCCAAAGAAAACAGAGAUGAUUGUUCCGGUGGAACAACAACUGUUGUCUCUCCAAAUUACUAGUUUCAAAGAUGAAUUACAGGUGAUAACUAUGUCGGCAAUUUUGGGCAUCAGGAAACAUCUCUUUUAAGCAUUUCAUCAAACACCUUUUGUGCAACUCAAGUGGACUCCAUUUUUUCAGCACCUUUCGUGUUUUGUCUACAACGCAUUAAUAUGUUUCGAAGAAGAAAAUAUCGCUCAACGUUUGAAGGACAACGACGCUCUGGAUCGACACACUUGUUUGGAAGACGCUCUGGUUUCUUAGAGACAUGUCUAUGGUGCAUUGCCGACUGGUGCUUUCCUUUAAAAUAUUGGAAGAGGCGAUGUGCUUGGUUAAAACUUAAAUAUGGCAAAAUCAGCAUCACUUGCAGGAGAGGGAGCUUCCGUGAAGCUUCCUGUAGUACUAUUAUUGGUGUCUUACGUCCAUUGCCACUUUUCUUGAAAUUUACCAAAGGUUAUCAACCUGUAAAUCCAUCACCAUUCCUGUGA